CUUUGUUAUAGACUCGUUUCCCGCCUAUUUUCCUCUCGCUUUCUAUCGCGCUUACACCAACACAGCGAGUCUACGACUCUGCCGCUCAAUUUCAAUCUCUAGAAAGGGGUAAAGCAGAUAAGGAUCAGAAUGGAAAAUAGCGGAUCUGUUCCUGGAUCGAGGCAAACGAAUUUGAAGAAAUCAUUCGAUCGCAGCUUGCGCUCCUUGUUUACUGCCUGCUCAUUCGAGGAAUUCCGUAAAGCUUUUCCAAGUUUAACUGCAGCUGAGCAGGACCGCCUCCAUCAGCUCUUUGCUCAGGUUGUCCCUUCGUUGCAUCAAGAUAUUGAGGAACAAUUUGAGUCAAUAUUUGUUGGGACACAGGCAGGAGAAAUUCUUGAUACUGUAGAAGAGCUAGUGGAAGAACAGACUCUGGAUCCUCUACAUUCUAAGAAGAGUAAUGUAGAAGAAACGGCUAAUAAACUUUUGGAAGCAAAGAAAAAUGAGGUCAAUCAUUUGAAGGGACUAUUGGAAAAGGCAGAAAAAAAGAAAUGUGAAAUGAAAGCACGUGUCGAACAACUCAAGAAAGAAAAGCAAGACUUCUCAGGAGCUGAAAAUCUUGUAAAUGAGUUAAGGAACAACAACCUGAACUAUUUGACUGGCUACCAGACUUAGCAUAUCUAUCAACCUGUGAAUGGGAUGAACAUAUUUCUGAAGAAGUAGACACUUGGAAGAGCUCUUGUUGCUGCCUACAUACGACUUCGUGGAGAUUGUGAGAAACGGCGUUCGAUAUAUCUUUGAUUAAGUUUACUUUUCAUUUUCUUUAAUCAAUGGAGAUUUGGGAGUUUGACGUUCUUACAUAUGAUCAUAGUCAAACAAUCGAUCAGAUUGAGAGAGCAUUGUAAAGAACUUCUGCUGAUUAAAUCUAAAGAUAGUGUGAUGAACGUGAACAUGUAUUUGUUCGGGACGAACAA